CACCCGCCCAGAUGCUCACUUGUUACAAGGCGUGCUUCUUUCGCUUCUGCUUAUCCAGCUGCACGCCCUGAAGGUGUCCCGCUCCCUCCCUCGUCUUGUUACCUGUCCAAACAGGACCGCCUCCGUUGAGAAUGGUCAACCCGGAGAGCUGAUUUCUUUUAUUUUGGGGAGGAUAAGUGCGCGUCGACCACUUACGGGGACUUUUCCGUGUAUUUUUUCUUUUAAAGCUCGACAGCGAAGGUCUGAGCUUGUGGUGUGCGCGUGUGUUGUUUUUUUUCCGCCGCGCGGAUUUUGGACUCAUGCGCGACUCCGGACCUCCGCGUUUAACGGAUCCAUAUUAGGUUCCGCCUUUUGGCCUCUUUGGAAAGCGGCCGUGUGACGACGAUGUGGCUUGCGCAAAUCGACCGUUGGUCUGAACCCGGUCGACCUGGAUGCUCGUUGAUGAACCUUUAAAUAAUCUGCACAAAGCUUGAAGAAAGAAAAACAGGAGUCUGAAGCUUGAACACUGAAUCCUCUACUCAAGACGACCAGUGAGGAUGGGUCAUUGGUGUUUAAUGUUUAUUUCAUUAGACUGGCAUCCAGUCUAAUUAACAUCAUCAGUGAUGUAGUCAGCCUGUGCAUCUGCGUGCUCAUCAUCUGCAGUAAAUACUCACAUCUGCUCAAAAGGGAGACCAUGAAGAUGAUCCUCCUGCGGAAAUUCCGGGUUUUGAUCCUUAUGGUGUUCCUGGUGGCGUGCUCCAUGCACAUCAUGAUCGACUUACUCCCCAAGCUGGAGAGGCAAGGCGCGGGAGGCUGCUCCUGCUCGCACACUCCCAGCGAGGAGCCUCGCAGCUGGGCCAAGCAAGGCUGGCCCAAGAAGCACACCUUGCGCAUCCUGCAGGACUUCAGCAACGAGCCCAGCACCUCCAACGUCUCGUCCCAUUCCCUGGAGAAGGGCAUCGCUGCAGGAGACAAGUCCCAAGGCUUCAAGAGGCCAGAGCAUUACGCUCAGCGCGGGGACAGGAAACGACAGUUCAUUCAGGACACGACAGUCAGCAAGAACACGCCGGCCAAGGGUUCAAGGCUGGCUGCCCUCUAUGAGCACCCUUUGUAUAAAAGGUCCUUGACUCCGCUCACAGAUGAGGACACGCUGUUCAACGUCAACGCGGACAUCCGAUUUGACCCCAAAGCAGCAGAGCAGGAGUGGAAUGCCGACGGCAAUCCCGAGGAAUUCAGCCCCACUGGAGAGCUGACGGCCGACUCCUAUCCCAAUUGGCUGCGCUUCCACAUUGGAAUUAAUCGUUACGAGCUCUACUCCAGACACAACCCCGUCAUUGACGCGCUGCUCAAAGAUCUCGUCAACCAGAGGAUCACCAGCGUGGCGAUGAAAUCUGGAGGCACCCAACUCAAGCUCAUUAUGACCUUCCAGAACUACGGACAGGCGCUCUUCAAGCCCAUGAAGCAGACACGAGAACAGGAGACGCCACCGGACUUCUUCUAUUUCUCCGACUUUGAGAGACACAACGCCGAGAUCGCCGCCUUUCAUCUCGACAAGAUUUUGGACUUCCGUCGCGUCCCUCCCGUGGCUGGCAGACUCGUCAACAUGACAAAGGAGAUCCGAGAUGUCACGCGUGAUAAAAAGCUGUGGCGGACAUUCUUCAUAUCACCAGCCAACAAUGUGUGCUUCUAUGGGGAAUGUUCGUACUACUGCUCGACUGAGCACGCUCUGUGCGGAAAGCCCGACCAGAUAGAAGGUUCCCUUGCCGCCUUCCUCCCGGACCUCGCCCUCGCUAAGCGCAAAACCUGGAGGAACCCGUGGAGACGUUCCUACCACAAACGCAAGAAGGCAGAAUGGGAAGUUGACCCGGACUACUGUGAGGAGGUCAAACAGACUCCGCCCUAUGACAGUGGGACAAGACUUCUGGACAUAAUGGACAUGACCAUCUUUGACUUCCUUAUGGGUAACAUGGAUCGGCAUCAUUAUGAGACGUUUGAAAAGUUUGGAAACGAGACGUUCAUCAUCCAUCUGGACAACGGCAGAGGGUUUGGAAAACACUCUCAUGAUGAAAAGUCCAUCCUGGUGCCACUGACACAGUGCUGCCGGGUACGCAAGUCGACCCACUUGCGUCUGCAGCUGCUGGCUAAGGAGGAAUACAAGCUGUCCACACUGGUGGCAGAAUCCCUGGUGAGGGAUCGUCUCAGCCCCAUUCUCAUCCAGCCCCACCUGGACGCCAUGGACCGCCGCCUCCGCCAGGUUCUGCAGGUGCUGGUUGAAUGCAUUGAAAAGGAGGGCUACAGUUACGUGGUGGAGAACGACCUCCAAGGGAGCCAAUGGACAGAGCACAGCGGGCCAACGAGGAGGUAGCCGGAUGGAACUUGAGCUCGGAGGCUUUGAAUUGCCUCCUGAUGCGAUGUGAGCGCUUUCAGGCCAAGCUGCCCGCCCGCAGGUCAGUACCGAGUGGACGCAGGGGCAAGGUAGGUUGAUCUGGGAUCGGGCCAUUAUUGAGUUGGGACCACGCUGCCGCACCUAGGCUCUUAAAAAAGAAAAAAAAAAAGGAAAAAAAGACCAAGCCACACUUAAGUGUAGGAUAGUUUCACCGCAGCCAGACUGACCCACUGCAGCGCUGGCAGACCGUGAAAGUCUCGUAAGAGACGCCUUGUCUUUGUCUCCUCCUGGACCUUGUUUUGAAUUCAGUGAAUUCUGAGGGACUUGUCGAGAUUCUCCAAGCUGACAAAUGUGUUUCUGUACGUGCUGAGGACAUCAAAAACGUUCAAUUUUGUUGUCCUGGAGGAGGAGUUUGUUGUUUUUGUCAUCUUAAAGAUACAAGUAAGUUGUUUACGGAAAAGGAAUUGAUCUAUUUUUUUGCCUGGGGUUUAAAUAAUUUUAAUUGGAGUGCAGGUUAACUCCCGAAUUUGUCCAUUAAUAGUGCCCAUAAACGAGAGUAUUUAUUAAAAAUCAUAUUUAUUGUUUGAAAUCAAAUAGGUCCAAAAGCAGCCUCAAAAAUAACAUCAUAGUGAUGUACUUUCUUAUUUGCCCCACAAGAGGGCGGACGUGCUGCGUGCAAAACAAGCAGUGAUGAGGUCAGGACAAAAAAAAAAAAACAUGUUUACACUUGAGUUUGUGUCAUUGAACUCCCCCCAACUGCUGUCUUAUUUGUAUCACCUGUAAUCACCAGUCACAAAAUUAGGUACACUUGCACAUUAUAAACUCGCCUUUGUAUAUCAUUUCAUGUAUUUAUUUAACAGGUUCACAUUUUUACGGUUGUAGUUUUCAUUGGUGCAGAAUAGCACUGUAACAUACUGAGAAGUGUUUCUAAUUAUCUGACAAUGGGAUAUUGGAACUCCCUUUCUGUGCAGUGCUAUCAAACAUCUGUUCUAAUAAAACACAAAUUAAAAACAGAGCAUCUUUGUCAAACAUCAUUUCGGACAUACGACAGAUUGGAUGUAAGUGUACCUAA